AUGUAUGAUAAGUCACCUUUGCAAUUCUUUACCAUUACAUCGAAACUUAUAACUAAGAUUCCGAAAACCAUGUUAUGGAAUUUUAAACUGGUUGCAUUACGAAUUGCUUCAUCUCAACGAGACGCGUUGCGUCAUGGGGUGCGUUGCAUUCGCAGGUACACUUGGGUUUGGGAUUUUGCUGUUGUGAGUGGACUGCGACUUCAGAAGAGGUUGGCCUCAGAUGUAUUGAAAUGUGGUAAGAAAAAGGUAUGGUUGGAUCCAAAUGAAAUCAAUGAGAUUUCCAAUGCCAAUUCGCGGCAGAAUAUUCGACGACUUGUCAAAGACGGUUUAAUAAUCCGUAAACCAAUCGCAGUGCAUUCACGAUAUCGCGCUCGUAAAAACUUGGAAGCUCGCAGAAAGGGUCGUCACAUGGGACAUGGAAAGAGGCGUGGCACACAGAAUGCACGUAUGCCGGAAAAGAUUUUGUGGAUCCGUAGAAUGCGCGUUCUUCGUCAUCUUUUGAAGCGUUACCGUGAAGCGAAAAAGAUCGACAAACAUCUAUAUCACGAUCUUUAUCUUCGAGCCAAAGGUAAUGCAUUCAAAAAUAAGCGCAAUUUAAUGGAAUACAUUUUCAAGAAGAAAACUGAAAAUACACGCUCCAAACAAUUGGCAGAGCAAGCAGAAGCGCGUCGUGCAAAGAACAAGGAAUCCAGAAAACGACGUGAGCAACGUUUAGUAAUGAAGAGAGCAGAAGCUUUACGCAAAACCUCAGAGAAUGAAAUAAUCGCUAGCAAGGAAACAAAAGAGUCGAAAGCAGCCGAGAAGUGA